AUGUUUCUUUCAGUAGUGCUGCUGCUGCUCUGCAUUUUCUUCAUCAUCCUUCAACUCAAGUCGCGGAGGCCCAAGAACUUUCCACCGGGACCCCCGACCCUGCCCAUAGUGGGAAACCUUCUGCAGCUGAACCUGCAUAACCCUUUGGAGGACUUUGAGAGGCUCAGGAAGACGUAUGGGAACGUCUACAGUCUGUUCCUCGGUCCCAGACCAGCCGUGAUCAUCAGCGGACUGAAGACCAUGAAGGAGGCGAUGGUGACCAAGGGCGCUGAUUUUGCUGGACGGCCUCAGGACCUGUUUAAUAACGACGUCUUAGAGAAUAAAGGAGUGAUUCUGGCAGAUUAUGGUCCUCGUUGGAGGGAGCAUCGCCGCUUCGCUCUGAUGACUCUGAGGAACUUUGGUCUGGGGAAGAAAUCAAUGGAGGAGAGAAUUCAUGAUGAGAUUCAACACACCAUGAAAACGCUGGAACAGAGCAUUGGUAAAACCAUGAGUCCUCAAGUCAUGUUUCACAACGCAGCCUCCAACAUCAUCUGCCAGGUUCUGUUCGGUACACGCUACGAGUAUGACGACAUGUUUAUCAAAGAGGUGGUUCGGUGCUUCACUGAGAAUGCCAAGAUCGCCAACGGACCGUGGGCCAUGCUGUACGACUCUCUGCCCUUCAUUCGUCAGCUGCCACUUCCCUUCCGCAAGGCCUUUGAGAACUGCAUGACUUGCCAGGAUCUUGUGCUGCGUCUGGUGAAUGAGCACAAGAAGACCAGAGUCCCUGGAGAGCCUCGAGACUUUGUUGACUGCUACCUGGAAGAACUAGACAAGGUGUUUACGUGUAUGAAAACAGAUUCUUCAUUUGCAGAAGACAAACUUGUUUUGUACGCUAUGGAUCUCCACUUUGCUGGGACCGACACCACCUCCAACACCCUGCUGACUGGUUUCCUGUACCUGAUGAAGUACCCACACAUACAAGAGCGAUGUCAGCAGGAGAUCGAUGAGGUGCUGGGAGGGAAGAAUCAGGCCAGCUUUGAAGACAAAAACAACAUGCCCUACAUGCAGGCUGUGAUCCACGAGAUACAGAGGAUGUCCAACACUGCUCCACUCAGCGUCUUCCACAGCACCACGAAGGACACAGAGCUCAUGGGAUAUUCCAUUCCAAAGGGUACAAUAAUCAUCCAGAACCUGACCUCAGUGCUGAAUGAGGAGGGACAGUGGAAAUACCCUCAUGAAUUCAACCCUGGAAACUUCCUGAACCACCAGGGAGAGUUUGUCAAACCAGAGGCCUUCAUGCCUUUCUCUGCAGGUCCUCGGAUGUGUCUCGGAGAGGGUCUGGCCCGUAUGGAGCUCUUCCUCAUCAUGGUGACUCUGCUGAGGAAGUUCAAGUUCAUCUGGCCUGAGGAUGCAGGAGAACCAGACUUCACUCCAGUCUAUGGAGUCACUUUGUCUCCACAACCUUACCGCAUGAAGGUCCAGCUCAGGUCAUCCCAGUGAAGUGGUCUCCAGACACACAGCAGAACCAGAGCCGCCAACUCAGAU